UGUUAUUUUAGAGAAAAUUUAUGUUCCACAGAAACUGGGAAAGAUUCUAAUUAAUUUCAUAGAAUGGUCUUUGGAGCUGUAAAUGUGUCUGUCUUAUGUAGGUGCUAUAAGCAUUAGGUAUUUUCUUCAUUUGCUUAGGCAUGAAUAUACCAAUAUUUGGUCUAAGCUUGAGUUCAGCUUUAGGGCCCCAGCUACCAGCCAUUUAUGCUGCUCUUUGAGCUGUGGUGGAUAUUCUGGCCAAACAUAAAAAAGACCCAACUGAAUUUUAGGAAAUUAGAAGCUUUAUUUUAAAAAAAGCUGAAACUGAAGCUUUAUUACCUCCUUUCCUGCCUUUCUAUUCCCAGGUUAUUAUAGGAAUGUGUUGCUGUAGGCCCCAUUUUCAGGACAGCCACCAGCAGAAUUCCCGGGUUCUUCCAUUGGCUCUUUGCAGUGUUGCCCACACUUUUGGCUGCUCUGUUGAGCCUUUUAUGUGACCUUCUCUCGCCCUGUGCUUGCUCUCACCUGGCAGAACUGGCCAGGCUUUCAAGUCUCUGCCUUACAUUCCCCCUGUUCUCGUGCACACACAGCAGUUUGCAAUGAUCCUCUCCAUCACUCCUGGAAACAGACGCCUCCAAGGGAAUUUCAUAGAGUACGAGUUGUAUGUCAAAUGGAUUCAAUGCAGACAGGAUUAAGCAUGGAAAAACAAAAUACUGUGUGGUUGUAGAGUGACAAAAAGCAGCCAAGAAGGGCUUAACACUUACUGUAGGGAGUCUGAAAGGUGCCUCUUAUUACGCUUGAUGUUUAGAUUUUGUGAUUCAGCUCUUCAGCCUGCUCUAAGAUAGUGAAAAAAGAAACUUGACCUUGACCUCAAGAGUACAGCUUGACCCCAGUGUUACUUCUUUUCUUGUUCUCAUAAUACCUUCCUUAUAUUUAAGGAAAGUUUUAACAGCCAAAUCACCUGACCCCACAGCAGAAGGGGGCUUAGCCUAGUGAGUGCCACACAUAAUUUUUAUUCUUUUGAAGGGAAAAAAAAUGUGUCCUGGGAGGCAGCCAGCAAGUGAAGUCAGGUGGAAUUUGCCUUCACUUGAUUAUAAUCAGCUUUGUCCCUUUGUUGAUGUCACCUCAGCUAUAUGCUGUUGCCACCUUCUCAUCCAACCACUUUCUGUCAUAAAGCUCAGCAGGGAAAACAAACUGAAGCCAAAACAACAUAUGGAAGUGUCUUGGCAAGAUUUGGCUGUUCAUUUGAAGUGUUUUUCUUUUUUCUGUGGGUAGGAGAUGAAGUCAGAGCUGUGUUGUUUCGUAUAGAAGGAUCAUUAUUUUUAGACCAGCAGCAGUCCUUAGCCUCUGCAUGUAAUCUGCUCAGACAGAGCCACACGAGGCAGCAGGGUUUUCAUGAGCUGUCUGUGGGGCUCAGUCACUGAUGUUGAGUAUAACUUGAGUUUUGGGGGUGUGAAUACUCAGAGCAUUGAAUUGUGUGGUAAUUUAAAGCUCAACAUCUCAUUUUCAUCUAUGUCGAGGUCUUUUAGGCAUGGCAGAUUUGUGAUAAAAUCUUUCCAUAAAACCAGUUGUUAGUCUGCUGGUGUUUGAUGUUGACGGGGAGAUCCAGGCCUGUCCUGCUGACAGUGGCCAAAGUGCCCCUGAGUUGGAGAGUGCAUGUAUUGUAGCCAGGAAUCUAUGCAUGUUCCAUGCAGCCAGUGCAUGUAGAGGGAAUCUUUGUACAUUUAAAGGUUGUUGGGGCCCAUUCUGAAAAACACCAGCCAAACCACGUGCAUUUGGUACUGCCAGUGGGAAGGUUUGCCUAGGAUGUCAUCCCUCAGCUAUACAUAGCAAACUCAAAGCUUCUUACAGAGAAACCUCUUACCAGUCACUUUCCACAAAUGGUGCCUAUACCUAAAGGUACUUAGUGAAAAUCCUUGAGAGGUAUUUAAUGCAAAAGCAGUUAGUCUCCCUGGUGUUUUUCAGAAGCUCUCACACACCACUAGCAGGGAGAAGUGCAGUGCAGCUACAGCACAGCUCCUGGGAAGUUACUCAUUUUGUCUGAACCAGGCUCUGCCACCCCAAGGGCUUGCCAAGAUGUGUGACAUGGGGGGGCUCGACAACCUCAUUGCCAACACUGCCUACCUCCAGGCAAGGAAGAGUGGGGAAGGAGACACCAAGGAAAUGCAAAAGAGGCGUAAGAGCCUCUCGCUGCCCAAGAUUGAGGAGUGCAGCCAGCAUAGAGAGUCCAUUGCUGGUGACUAUGACAGCAUCUGUGAACAGCAGCCCAUUGGCAAGAGAUUCUUCAGAGACUUCUUAGAGACAGUGCCAGAAUAUUUGGUAGCUAGGGACUUCCUGGAUGAGGUAUCAAACUGGGAGUUGGCAGAGGACAGUCUCAAGAGCAGUACCAUGGAGAAUAUUGUCACCAAUUUUCUUAAGGAAGGCGCCAAAAACUAUCUGUCUUUCAUGAGCUCCGACUUGGUCAGCAAAUGCAAAGCAGCUGCUGCAAAAGACUAUGAGAACAUCAUGCAGCUGGCCAAGGAGGAAACCAAAGUCUUCUUUAAAGACAAGCCCUUCCAGGAUUUCCAGAACAGCCCCUUCUAUGACAAAUUCAUCCAAUGGAAAGUGUUUGAGAAGCAACCAGUAACUGAUAAAUACUUUUCUGAGUUCCGAGUGCUGGGCAAAGGUGGCUUUGGAGAGGUUUGUGCCAUCCAGGUCAAAAAUACUGGCAAGAUGUAUGCCUGCAAGAAACUGGAUAAGAAAAGGUUGAAAAAGAAAAGCGGAGAGAAGAUGGCACUGCUGGAGAAAGAGAUUCUGGAGAAGGUCAACAGCCCUUUCAUAGUCACACUAGCUUAUGCCUAUGAGACCAAAACCCAUCUGUGUCUUGUUAUGAGCCUCAUGAAUGGAGGGGAUCUGAAGUAUCACAUCUACAAUGUGGGAGAAAGGGGUUUGGAAAUGAAAAGGAUCAUCUUUUAUUCAGCUCAGAUCACCUGUGGGAUUCUGCAUCUCCAUUCCAUCAAAAUUGUGUACCGGGAUAUGAAACCAGAGAAUGUCCUCCUGGAUGAUAAUGGGAAUUGCAGACUGUCUGAUCUUGGAUUGGCAGUGCAAGUCAAAGAGGGAAAAAGCAUCACCCAGAGGGCUGGGACAAACGGUUACAUGGCUCCGGAAAUCCUGAAGGAAGAGGACUACAGCUAUCCUGUGGACUGGUUUGCUAUGGGGUGUACUAUUUAUGAGAUGGUUGCUGGGCGAACACCAUUCAAGGAUUACAAAGAAAAAGUCAAUAAGGAUGAGGUUAGAAGAAGAACUCUGGAAGAUGAGGUGAAAUUUGAACAUGCCAGCUUCACAGAGGAAGCAAAAGAUAUUUGUAAGCUGUUUUUGGCUAAGAAAAAAGAGGACCGUUUAGGAAGCAGGAAUGAAGAUGAUGACCCAAGAAAACACAGCUUCUUCAAAACAAUAAAUUUCCACAGGUUAGAGGCAAACCUUAUUGACCCUCCAUUUGUGCCAGAUCCAUCAGUUGUCUAUGCCAAAGAUGUUGCAGACAUUGCUGACUUCUCUGAAAUACGAGGAAUUGAGUUUGAUGACAAAGACAAGAAGUUCUUCAAGAAGUUUGCAACAGGUGCUGUCCCUAUACCCUGGCAGGAAGAAAUCAUUGAAACAGGACUGUUUGACGAACUGAAUGAUCCCAACAGAGUAGUUUCUGGAGGUUAUGCAAACGGAGGGGAAGCUAAGUCAGGAGUUUGUUUGUUGUUGUAAUUAUAUCAUUACUAAAAAGAGUAGAAACCACCUCAGAACUUUCCACAUUCUGACUCUGUUUCAGAAACUCAGUACACCUGUUUGAGAAGAGCCAGCCAGUGUAAUGUGACAUUGACAGGUUAUGUAGGACCACCAGCUGAAUAGACUGUAUUAUUUUCCUUUGGUCUAAGAAAGGAGGUAUUUUGUGUUACUGGCAAUGUAUCAAAUGAAGAACCAUAUUUCUCCAAAAAGCUUAGAAUAGGAAUUCUGAAAUACAAAAAGAAAUGAUGGAGUGAAGAGGCAACAGCUUUUGAAUAUGACUGAUUACUAUUUUGAAUUCAAUGAUUCAUUGGUUUUCUUUCUUUUUUCUUUCUUUUUUCUUGUUAUUUCUACUAACAUUUCCUCUUUGUUCUGCAGUUUUCAGAAAGAAUUUUUUAAUUUUCAAGUAAUAUUGGACAGUGGAGCUCAUAUACCUGUCAAACCUGUAAUCUUACUGGUUAGCCAGUCUGUUAAAUUCUGUUAGUUUUUGAGUGAUUUAUUGUAAUAUAUUCAAAUUGUCAUAAGAUAUAAAGAAAGCUCUACAUAUCACUUGGAAAUAAGAGCAACAGGAUCAAACUCUUUGCAAAAGUGAUUUUAAUGAAGUGAAGAUAAGAUUGCACCAAUUUAUUGGAAUAAAGCAUUUAUUUAUUAUUAAGUGUAUUCUUAUACGUGAUAAUACUAUAUACAAAGAAAAUGUAUUUAUAAGUAAAUACACAUUCUUUUUGGCAAUUUUAAACUUAUAUCAGAUCUCCUGAUAUUUUUUCUGUAUUUUGGUGAUAAAUUAAGCUACAGAUAGACCAAAGCAAUUUGUAUUUGAGUUUUUACAAGACAUUUAUUUCAGUGUAAUAUAGAUUUUUAUUCAAGUUGCAAAAUACAUUAUACUGUCACAUUCUGUAAUGGUGAAAAAGUUGUGUAUGCAAGUCAAAACUAUCUGCAAAUGUUUAUUGAUUCUCAUACAAAUUUUGAAGUGUUUUUAUUUUUCAAUUUUAUGGCAAUCUAAAUUGAAUUACUUGGGAAUAUUGCUAUGAAUACUUGCUACUGGUGAUGUGUAUUACUCAUGAGAUGCCUCCUGCUGAUUUUCUGUGGUAAGAAAAUAGGCAGUUGUUCUUUGCAUAACUUUUAAAACUGAUCCUGCACAUGCUGGUCACUGUCAUCUGUCCAGCCACAAAUUCAAUUGACUAAAGUGGAAGUGGAAACUACUUCAUUCCUUGGAGUCCUGGAGGCUGCAAAUCCCCCAUUUUCUGUUUUUCAUACAGCAAACCUCCUUCUGAACUCAAGGACUUGUUUUAACUAGAUGCUGGGAUUAACUCACACUUAAGUUUUAGAAGAGGAAAACCUGUAGAUACGUCUUCUGUACUCAGGUCUGUCAUGUGCAGCACAAAGCGUUGGUAUUUAUUUGUAACCUAAUAGCACAUCCCAAACUCUUAAGUUUUAAAUACUCUAAGUGUUUUAGUCACAGCUAAGUAAUACAUUAGUAAUACUUUGUGUUGUUCUGAGUAGAAAAAUAAUUGCUCUUUUUUCUUUUAAAUUUGCUUUUCCGGUGUUUUAUAUACUUAAUAUUCAAGUGAAAAUUCAACAACAGUGUUACUUAGGAUUAGUGGGUAAUUCUUUUCAUGAAUUAUGAGCAUAAAAUUGUCUGCCUUUUGAAUGGAGACUUUCUGUCAAUAAUUUAAAACAAUAUAAGCUGAAUUCUGACUUGGUCUUUUAAUUGAGAAGGAUGAUCCUGAAAGGUGGUGAAAAGCAGAGGAAGAGAACAGUGAUGUUGUCCUGGCAUGGAUCUACAAGAGUGCUUCCACUAUUGAUAUCCAUUGAUUUUAUUUCUUAUUGCUCCCACCUGCAGAAAGGUCUCAGAGGGAUAGUAAAUAUACUGUAUUUAAGAAAUCAAGACAGAAAGCUUUAUUAUUAUACGUAUUUUUCUAAAAACCCACAAAACACAAAGUGACACAAAACCCACAGCCACCACCUGAUUAAAGCUAGGAGAGACCUGUUAGUGGCAUCAAACUUUUGUCCUGGAUUGAUAUACCUCAGAUCCACGUUUCAAAAAUCCUCCUGAACCAUAAAGGAGUACUCUGAAAUGGCCGUAGGUUUUCUAGUACAUAACUGAGUUUUAAGCUGCCAUUUGGAAAGAUGUUAUGUACAGACAGAACCAGGAUUUAAUGCCUUGAUAGAAUCACAUAUCCCCAGUGACAUUGGGUGCUGCAAGGGUGCGUUUUUCAAAAUGUGUUGCAAUACUGAGAUCUGUGAAUUCGGAACAUCGUGUGUGCAUAACACUGGGUUAUUUAGUUUUAGAAAUGUUGUGGUAUCACUAAUCCCAGCAGGAUGUGCAUCAGUGAGAUCCAUGAUGUUAAGUGUUUCAUGAAUCAUUUAGAGUAACAAACACAUCAGAAGUCGGAUAAUGCACAGUUUGGCACGGUGUAUGAUAGAGAAGAAUGUGUUAGUUUGAAAUUUUCAUUUUCUAAAAUUCUCUUUUCACAACAUGGACAACUUGUAUUUGGCACCAUGGAGAGGAAGCAGAAUGAAGAUUAUUUCUGUAUUCCUGUUAGCACUUUCAGUGAGUCUUCUAAAAAUUAUUUUCAAAUGUUUUUUAAGGAAACUAUGAAAUACUUGCUUCUUUUCUUCUUCCUGCCACUGUAAAGUUCCUUGUUAAACUUACACUUACUGCUUCAUCUUAACAAAAAACCAUCAAUCCCCAGCAGUCACAAAAGAUUUACAAAUUCAGUGAAUUUCUUACUGCAACCAAAGAUGCUACUUAUUGAGUAAAUUUAAAUGUAUUUGCAAGUGUUGCAAGAGCAGGGCCCAAGUCAAAAGUAUUGACCAGGUUACUGGAUGUUUAUGAAAGAAAAUGAAGGAUAUCUCUGGGGGAGGAAAAUAACCAUGUGGUUAUAGAUUACUUGACUUACUGUGGCACAAGGAAAUUAUGUAAUUUGAAACUGCAAUUAUUUUCUUCUAGCUGUCUCCCUUUUUCCUGCUUUGCCAAUGUUGUGGUGUCUCACUUGGCUGCCUUGUUUUCCAGGAGAUAAAACGCAUUUGAGUGCUAAUAUAAUCUUAAAAACUAAAUAGUGAACUCUAUUGCAUUAAAUGCCAUCUGUGACAGGUUAGAGGGUGCCCUGACCACUCUUCAGGUGUUGUACUAACAAUACUGUCUUUCCUGCCCUGUUUUACUCAGUCCAGCUGAUAGUGGAACUGUUUGGUAAUUCUAACUGUAGCAGGUUAAAAUGUGAGAUUCGUAGUGGCUUGAUGUGUUCUAAUAAGAACAUCAUUUAAAGUUUGACAAUGCUUCUGCUGGCUCUGAGAAGGUAUGAGAGAAAAACCUUCCCUUUGUAUCUCAAGUCCAGAUUUUCUUUGAUACUACCUCUGUUCCCUUUACCAUUACUCCCCUUGUUUCACUGAGAACAGGGACAAAAUUAUGUUUGAUAUUAAUAUUAACCUAAUGAAAUCAUUGUUCACAGAGAUUAUUUCUCAGAGGUACUGAGUACCUACAAUUGUUUCAUGCCAAAGGCUCAUUUGGUCAAUGAAUACCUUGUGUUGCAGCAAGUAGUUCACUUUUAUAUUCCAAUAUGAAAUAGAUUUAGUAAUAGGAACUUGUGUGCAAAUUUGUGGCUAUUAGUGGCAUCUUUAUUAGGGAGGACAGCUUUACAUUAAGCUAAGAACAUCAUAACAAAUAUACUUGAGAUAUUCAUUUCUUCAACCAUAAACAAAUGCCAAUACAGAAGAUGAGAUCUCUCCUUAAAGCAGAUACCUGAAAUUGUACCGUUGUUCUAUAGUGAUGCAUGGUUUUAUAUACUUUUAAUGUCACCAUUAUUUUUUUAAACAAAAUGCUUAUAAAACUGUAGUUUAAAAAUUAAUCACUUUUACAGGUUUUAAUUAUUUAUCUGUAACAUUUUUGUGAUCUGAUUGUCCACAUCUAUGAUGAGGAUAAGUAUGCUCAUGUUAUUUACCUUAAAAAGUAUAUUUUAUUUAUUUCAUGUUAUGACAAUAAUUUUUAUCUUUUUAUCAUUAGUUAAUACCAAAACAUUUAAUCUCUUUAUCCUGCAAUGAAUUGUAAAAGAAGUAUUUUUAUUAUAUAUGGUGUUUUUUCUCCAUAAUAGGAUUUUAAUUAAGAUCUUAGCAACUAUGGCUCAUAGCACCAUGAAAGCACUGAAAAUCCUACCAGUUCUGGGACGUCUGCUAAAAGCAAAGUGUAUAUUUUUCCCAAGUAACACAAACACAUCCAUUUUGAAAUCUGCAGGUGAAGAAGAUGCUUUACAGUAUGGCACAUGUAAUGUUUGGGUAAAGAUCCCCUGUGAUCAAUGCAGAUCAGGGAGUGCUUUUGGAAUUUGGUGUCACGACAGCCUCGGGGAGCUGCACAGGCACCGUGAGGAGUGCAUAGACAGAAACUGAAAACCAGCUCAAUUCAACACAUGACAUUUUAUCAUUCAGCACUGCCUCAUUACAGCAAGUAACAUUCAAUCUAGUAUUUCAUUUUUUAAAAAUAGACCAAAAGAUUAAUGUUUCUUAGUAAAUCAUUGCUUGGUAUUUUUCUUGAGUUUCAAUUAUAUAACUGUCUGAACUUAAGCAGAGCUAGUAUAAAAUUCUUACCAGUUAGGACUCUUCCUUAGGGAGGGGAAAUCUUGUUGGCAUCUCUUGCCUGGAAAAGCAGAAGAGUAAGAACACAGAGGGUGUCACUGUAUCUCUUGGAAUGCAAGUACCUUUAUCCAUGGGAAAACAUGCCUGGUGAUGUCUGUAGGUAGGACCCUUCUCCUGAGUUCCUUUCCUUUUCUAUGGCAUAGCAGAUGGUCCUUACAUUUACCCCAUUGUGUACCCUCUCCUGUCACCUCCAAAAAACUGGCACAAUUCUGAAUGAAGCCAUUUCAGUUUUCAGGGAAACUUACUGUUAUUUCUGUAUCUUGGACAGGCUAAAGGUGCCAUAAACAAUAGCUGUCAACACCAUUUAGCAUUGACCCUAAGUGGUGAAAGGCUUUUGUGAGGAAAACCAUGGGAAAAAAAAAACCCUGUGAGUCUCUGUGAAAGGGCUCCUGGAUAUGUUAAGUCUAUUCCUUUCCUUUUGACAAUUUUGGGGCAGCUGCAGUGGUUAAUUCCUCCCUUUCCUGUUGACCAAGCUUAAGCACAAUCUGGUUUAGUAGUUCUUUUAUCCUGUUUAUAUGCUUUAUGUAUGCUUUUCAAUGUCUGAGCUUUGUUAGUUGGCCAAUUCUUCCAAGUGUUUUGUUUUCUGGUUAAUGUACACCAAUAUGGUGCUAUUGCAGUGUUUGGUAGAAUGACUUACAAAGAAAGAGAAUUUUCAUUUUUCUUCUGUACACAGGCAUUACUUGAAGUUAAACAUAACUAAUGAA